AUGUCAGUUUGGAAUCAUCUUGUGUGCGGUAGUCGAAUGAUUCACAAGAAGUGUCGUGUCACGGACGUCCCUUAUUUGCGGAGCAACGUUUACCGUUGCAAAGUGCCAGAUGAGAAGUUGGGAUGGAGUGUACCAUUCCCGGAAUACAACCCGCCAGACUACACUGACCCAAAGGUGGUAGGCAGAAGUUGGUCUGAUCCUGAGAUACAAGCAGGCAACUUCAGGUGGAAUGCGGUUGACGGAAAAGUCAAUAGGAAGUCAUACAUGGGUGAUUACUCUUUUGAUUCAACGUCAAGGCCAAUCAACCCAAUCGGUCGGACAGGACUUCGCGGGCGAGGCGUACUUGGAAGGUACAUUUUAUUUUUUUCUGAUGGUGGCGCUAGUCCAUUUUAA